UCUAUCACUGAUCAACAAAAUUGAAGGAAAAUUUAAUUUAAAAAAUUAACUUAAGAACUGUUUGUUAAUAAGCGAAAUUAAAAUGAAAUUAUUUUUUUUAAUCAGUAUUUUCCUGCCUCUUUUCUACCAAAUUUCAAGUGACUUAAAUUCGCCAAAUCCGAAAAAAUGUCCAAAACAUAUGACAUUUUUUUUGGUCAAUGAAAAUAGUACCCAACAGUAUUGUGAUUGUGAUGAUACAUUUUUAUAUCACCUUGAAGAUAAUUUUUGCUACGAUGCCUACAGACAAGGUCCUUGUCCAUCUGGAUAUUACUUCGUUUUAUCACCUGGAAAAUAUAUGGCAACAUGUCAAAAGAAUCCGUGUCGCAUAGACGGAAUUGUUCCUUUUCAAGGAAAAUGUCAUUUUCUGUGGGAAUCAGGACAGCCUUGCAAAAACAAAGAAACACAAUUAGGAGUCAAUAACGAUUUUCAAAUAGAGUGCGGUAGAAGAAGUUACAAUGGUUACUAUUAUGAUUGGAAAACAUCCAAAUCCUGUCAAAAGGAUUCCUUACUGAUGCCAACAAAUGAUGAACAUACACAUUACAUUUGCAAAUGUAAAUCAAGUUUUAUUUAUUCAGCAAAAUAUAAUACAUGUCAGCAGGCCUACAGACAGGGAACAUGCUCUCCAGGAAGUUACUAUGUUCUACCUCCAGGUCACAAAGAGCCGAGAUGUGAAGUAAAUCCGUGUCACGAAGAUGGUCUUGUUCCCUUCAAAGGGAAAUGUCAUAAAGUCUAUAAAUAUGGAUAUCCUUGUUCUGAUGAUUAUACUCGAUUGUCAGUAACAGAAAAAACAUUUAAACUGGAUUGCCUUUAUCAACCACCUGGUAGUGCGGGUGCCGGUGGAAUUAUAACCGCUCCAUCAAAGGCUUGCCCACGAGGAAGUCGAAGAGUAGUUACAGAAUGCAAACGCGUUUUUCAAUGAAAUAAUAUCCAUAAAAUGAAAUAUAUAUGGUUCAAUAAAUUAAAAAAUUUACCACAAUCUCGAUGCGAAAUCUCUAUAUCCUAAUUUAACAUUUUAAUUUAAUUCACCUCUUAAUACAUGGUGAUUACAACUCAUCAAGUCUAUGUUCAAAAUGUAAAAUGGAAGGAGUGUAUUACAUGGAAAUAAUUAAUUUCUCGAAAUAACAAAACAGAUUUAUCUAGUUUUGAAAACUGGUUCCUUUUUAGGAUUUGUUUAAAUGUUUAAGAGAAAUUUUCUUGAAAUAUUACAUUAUUUAAGAAAAAUAGCAUUACUGUUAAGAAAUAAUAAUAAGAAACUCGAAAUCAGUA